AUGGAAUCAACUGGUACUGCAGAAAGAUGUCCCUCUGAAACCUCAAGCAUCUCAGCUGCCUUAGAAGAAGCAUCAAACCGACAUGGUGGUGAUCAUGAUCAGAAGAAGGUGGUCAAUAUGAAGAUGAAGGAGAAAGUUGUUAAUGGAACUGAACCAUCAACCUUGCCUGAAUCAUCAAGCUCUCGUGUUUUGCUCGAUUUGAAACUUUCUAGUGAUGAUUCCAAUCGUGGAUCAAAGCUAGAACUCAAUCUUUUAAGUGCUAUUAAUGAAGGUUCUUCUCAUGCAAAUGGGUCAACAUAUGAGGAUUUGAAACCAGCUGAAUCUAGGGUUUUUACCUGUAACUUUUGCAAGAGAGAUUUCCCCUCAUCCCAAGCUCUUGGUGGGCAUCAAAACGCCCACAAACAAGAGCGUGCAUUAGCCAAAAGCCGUCAAGGGUUGGAUGUGGGUGCUUUUGGGAACUUUCCAUACUAUCCCUAUUCAAGACUUGCAGCACACCCUUAUUAUAUAUCUUUUAAUAGGCCACCACUUGGGGUGAGGAUGGAUUCCUUGAUUCACAAGCCACCAUCUUAUCCAUGGACAUCCCCAUCAAGUGGGUAUCGUUUCGGCCUUGGUGGGUGCUUGACGAGGCAGGCCACGAUUAAUGCACCGCCUUCCAUUGAUAGGCGCCUAAGAAUGGAGAGUUUGAAUGCUCUUAAUGGUCGAUUUGGAAAUUUGGCUUCCCCGCCAGCUUCUUCUUCUUCAAGGUUUGGGGACAUUGAUGGCGUAUUUCGCAACUUUGGUGCUUCUUCCUCAUCAAAUAUUGCAACCAAUAAGCCGUCCAUUAAUACUGAUCAAGUACUCCAGCGAAUUGAACCUCCAAAAAGUAACCCUCCAAAAAUCGAUGAUCAGGCUGAUGAAGCAGAACUUGAUUUGUCUCUUAAGCUUUAG